AUGUCAAGCUUGCUGUUCCAUGUGAGCCAAAGAUGGCAUUCGGGAUGCAGGAGAGCUGUCUGGCUUCGCCCACGGCUUGUGCCGCAGCUGAGCCGGUCGCUUUGCUCGAAAGCGGAUCGUGGCUUAUUUCAAGACUUCCUGGAUCUCACCUGCAGGGGAUUUACUUCCACUGAAGAAUCUGAUGUUCGGCAAGCUGGUGCGCGAGUGCUGGCCGUCGGAGCUGCAAAGCUGGUGGAGAUGGACAGGGGAGAGAUGGCGGCCUACCAAGAACUGGAUGAGCAACUCCAGCUGGGCGUGGAGAAGUUGAGGGAGCUGCUGAGCCCUUCGGCCGAGGCUGAUGCCCCGCGUGCCGCUUUCCAAGAGGAAUGGAAGGGCGAUUCCGAGCUCCAGUUGACCUUUGUCUCCCAGCUGGGCGAGAGCUUGGUGGGUGGCAUCCAAGGGCAGAUUUCCUUGAGAGAAGCUGUCGCGGAUGUCGCCGAUGCCAGCUACACGGUGGAGAAGGAGGGCCGCACUUUUGCUGUUUUGCCUUGGAAGAAGAAAGAUGACAAGGAGAUUGGUAUGGACAUGGUGAAAGCCUUCGAUGAUAGCUGGAUCGACAUCCCUUGUGGUUGGAAGCCAUACCAGGUGUGCAAGGACUUCGAGAGAGUCAUCUUGCCCGAAGUGAUUGGCGGUCAUGCCUGGGGCACCGAUAUGUUGCUGGUGCGGCGCGGAAGCAAAUGGCCUGGUUGGAAGACGGGCAUUCAAGGAACUUCGAGUGCUGGGAAGCGCCUUUGUUCGCAUGUGGAUUGGUUUGAGAUUGACGUCUCUGGACGCAGAUGUGUCUUUCGUGGUGAGGAUACUCAGCGAACUCCCUCGAAGAAACUGGAUCCCUUCUGGCGAUCCUGGGGAGGUCGCGUGUUGCUGGAAAAGAUCUCGCAGCACGAGCAGAUCGAAGUGUUCAAAGCUUUCCUUCGAACAACUGCUUGUGCAACAUGGUCAAGGGCAACAUAG